CUGCCCUUAACAACAAGCUAUGGGUUCUCUGGAAGGGGGGUAGAUUUACACUCACUCACAUUCAAGAAUUUGGUCAAAUGCUCACAUGCCAUUUUUGGACAAUACUCUUCAUACAAACAUAAGCAUCACCUCUGUCUAUGGUAAGCAUACAGGGGUAGAAAGGAGACAGCUAUGGGAAGACUUGUCUCUAAUGCCAUCUAUGAUCAUAUUUGGAUAGUUGGUGGGGACUUUAACACUAUCUUAUCAGUGGAUGAGCACAAAGGCUCCACCUCCCCCAAUCUGGCUGAUAUCAAGGAUUUUAAGGAUUGUCUCAAAGCCAUACCACUCAUCAAUACGCACACCACUGGUGGUACUUACACUUGGGAUGGGGUGAGGAGCAGAGGCAGGGUUUGGAGAAGGCUGGACAGAGCUCUAAUCAAUGAGAAAGCUCUAACUUUCUUCAGUGACAUCUUCUCUCAAAUGUGCAGCAAGACAACCUCAGAUCACAAACCUAUCGUAUUACAGUGUGCCCUGGACUCUUUUAAUGAAUUGAGGAAAGCUGAAACUAAUGCCCUGGUGGCACAAGUAGCAUAUGAGGCUAACCCUGAUGACCCUACACUAAGGAGUAUAGCUAAUGAGGCUUAUGCCAAGCUUAUUGAGGCUACUAACAGAGAAGCUAUUUUUUGGAAGCAAAAAGCCAACCUACAUUGGAUGGAACAUGGUGACCAGAACUCCACGUUCUUCCACUCAUUUGUCAAAGGCAGGAGAACCAAUCUUAAGAUCAGGGCAAUCAAAGAUCAAGAUGGCAAGCUAAUUGAGAAGGAGGAUGACAUCAAGAGAGCUGCUGAGAAACAUUUUUUUGAUACUUUCAACAACUCCAAGCUUGUGGAUGCCGAACAAAUCCUCCACCACAUUCCUCACCUCAUUUCUAAUGAUGAUAACACCAUGAUGUCUUCUAUUCCUGAUGAGAUGGAGGUCAGGAAGGCAGUUUGGGAUCUUAACCCUAAUAGUGCAGCAGGCCCAGAUGGGUUCAAUGAUUAUUUUUUCAGAAUUUGUUGGGAUAUUGUUAAACAAGAUGUGAUUAAAGCUAGGCAAGAGUUCUUCAUGGGUUUACAUGUUCCCCAGGCUUAUGGGAGCACACUCAUCACCCUCAUACCCAAGAAGGAACAUUGUACUACAUUCUCUGAAUUCAGGCCAAUCUCCCUAUCAACAUUCAUGAGUGUACUCAGCAAAUAUGGUUUCUCAACUAGGGUGCAGAAUCUUUUACUUGCAAAUUUGGAGGCCAUCUCAAUCCUUAUAAAUGGCAGCCCCACUGGUUUCUUCAAGAUCAAAAGAGGAGUCAAGCAAGGAGAUCCCCUUUCCCCUCUCCUUUUCAUUUUGGCUAAUGAGGUCUUCUCUAGGAUGCUCCAUCACUUCUUUGACAUCCACCACCUGAAGAACUACAAUACUGGUAAAAGCACCCUAGUUUCUCAUCUAGCCUAUGCUGAUGACCUCAUCAUUUUCCUCAAUGGAAGGGUCAGAAACCUACUUAGAUUCAAACACAUACUGGAGGAUUACACUCAGGGAUCUGGGCAGGAGGUGAACUACAACAAGUCUAGUUUCUUUGCUUCUAAACAUUCCUCCCCAUCUACCAUUACAAGGAUGGCAAAGGCACUUAACAUGACUCAUGAGAAGAUGCCUUUCAAAUAUCUCGGAGUCACCAUCUGCAAAGGUAAACUCAAGAAAGAUCACUGCCAAGCCAUGAGGCCAUUGUAAGGACCAAAUUAUUGAAUGAAAAGUUUGUGUUACUCUUUGAGUAAUUUCAUUAAAAUAGUGUGAUUCUAUUUUAGCAAAAUUUCCUAAUGAAAUAUCUCUAAAGUUGGCUACUUUUGAGUGCGUGUUAGGAGUCUAAUUUUAUACAUUAGUAGUGAUUAUUAAUGUGUAAAAGAAGAUAAAAGCCCCAAGUUAAGAUAAGAGUGUGUCAUAUCUCUUAACACCAACUUGGUAGUUCAUUCCUUUAUGCUCUUAUACAUGUCUAUUCAAAGUUCUGUAGUUCUGUUUUGAGAAUGGUUUGAUGUGGCUUUCUAAGGUUCCCCCAAGUGUGAAAAUGGAGUUUCCAAGGCAUCUGACAUGAUAAUUUGUGUAGUUU